AUGCAAAGCGACCUGAAAUCUUUCAAGCUUUACUCACAUCCUCUUGGACCAAAUCCAUGGAAGGUAGCCAUCAUUUUAUCAUGCCUCAAACUUCCCUACACGACAGUCUGGGUCGACUUCAAAGAUGUCAAAUCGCCACCGUUCGUCGACAUGAACCCGAACGGCCGACUCCCCGUUCUUUUCGACCCAAACCGGGAAAUCACCCUGUGGGAAUCGGGCGCCAUCGUCACCUACCUGGUUGAACUCUACGAUGUCGCCCGCGUGCUCAGUUAUGAAGGCUUCCACGAGCGAAUCCUCUGCCAGCAAUGGCUUCAUUUCCAAACCUCGGGUCAGGGACCCUACUAUGGACAACUCGGCUGGUUCUCACGACAGGUACCGCAGCAGCAGGCUGCUAUCGAGCGUUACGCUAAAGAGGUGUACCGUGUGACUGGUGUUCUCGACAAGGAGCUCUCGGAGCGGCAGUGGCUGGUUGGUGGGAAAUGUACCUAUGCCGAUCUGGUUUUUCUUCCAUGGCAGGAUAUGGUGAGUUGGAUGAUGGGUGAUGGAUGGGAUGAGGGUGAAUUCGCUCGACAAUUCCCUUUUGUUACGGCCUGGGUGGCGAGGAUGAAACAGUUACCCGAGGUGGCGCAGGUUCUAUUCGAGAAGCAGCAGGCAAUGGCUACGAUGCCGCUGAAGCCUUGA